GAUUAGUACCUUCCUAGAAAAACAUGAUUAUAAGAGUGAACAACAACAACAAAAAAAACCAUGGGAAGAAUGAAAAAGGAAGUGAAAAUGUUAUUUUGGCGGUAAUAGACAGAAAUUCUGUUGCCUACGUUCUAAAGCAAACCAAGUAGCAGUGCGUGUGUCCGAAUCAAACAAAUCCGAAAGCAUCAUGAACAAGCCUCCACGAGAAGAUGACCGCAACAACACUGCUACUACUCUCGACUCCAGAUUCAGCCAAACCCUACGAAAUGUUCAAGGGUUACUCAAAGGUCGUAGCAUGCCCGGUAAAGUAUUGCUGAGCAGAAGGUCAGAGCCAUCCGAUAACUUCAACCCGAAGGUAUCCGCAACGUUUUACAAAAGGAGUUUCUCGCAAAAUGAUGCUGGCACGAGCAAUCACCCAUCUGGUGCAGUAGAGGAGGAAGUUCAGAGUACAAGUAAACCAGUCAGUGUUGCUAAUGUUAGUAAGUUAAAAAUAUCAACCUCCCUUGUGGAAAGAGAUAACUUAUCUGAAGAUAUCCGCAAAUAUACGAUGGGCACCAGAGCUACGGAUUCAGCAAGAGUUACAAAGUUUACUAAAGUGCUUUCUGGAACAGUGGUUAUAUUAGACAAAUUGCGGGAAUUAGCUUGGAGUGGUGUUCCGGAUUAUAUGCGUCCUAAAGUGUGGAGACUCCUCUUGGGAUAUGAACCACCUAAUUCAGAUAGAAAGGAGGGAGUUCUGAGAAGGAAGCGUGGAGAGUAUCUUGACUGUAUAUCUCAGUAUUAUGAUAUUCCUGCUUCAGAACGUUCAGAUGACGAGGUCACCAUGCUUCGCCAGAUUGCCGUUGAUUGUCCAAGAACUGUACCUGAUGUUCCUUUCUUCCAGCAACAGCAAGUUCAGAAAUCAUUGGAACGUAUUCUUUAUGCAUGGGCCAUUCGACAUCCUGCAAGUGGAUAUGUUCAGGGGAUAAAUGAUCUCGUUACACCAUUUUUGGUUGUUUUUAUAUCCGAAUACUUAGAAGGAGGUAUUGAUGAUUGGUCCAUGUCUGAUUUAUCUUCCGACAAAAUCUCUAAUAUAGAGGCUGACUGCUACGGGUGUUUGUCAAAGUUGCUUGAUGGUAUGCAAGACCAUUACACAUUUGCUCAACCUGGAAUUCAAAGGCUUGUUUUUAAAUUGAAGGAAUUGGUCAGGAGGAUCAAUGAGCCUGUUUCACAACAUAUAGAGGAUCAGGGACUUGAGUUUCUUCAAUUUGCUUUCCGCUGGUUCAACUGUCUUCUAAUCCGCGAGAUACCAUUUGUUCUCAUCACGCGCCUUUGGGACACAUAUCUAGCUGAAGGAGAUGCCUUACCAGACUUCCUCGUGUAUAUAUUUGCCAGUUUCCUUCUAACGUGGUCAGACAAGCUACCGAGCUUGGAAUUCCAGGAGUUGGUAAUGUUCCUUCAACACCUUCCAACUCAGAACUGGACUCACCAGGACCUUGAUAUGGUGCUUUCUCGGGCAUUUAUGUGGCACAGCAUGUUCAACAACUCUCCAAGCCAUUUCUCUAGCUAAGCAGGCAAUUGUGGUUUUCUCAAUUUAGUUCUCCUUCAAUUUCUACCUCCCUCUCUCUGAUUUCCAUCAGUGUUGCUCUUGCUUAGUGUAUGGUGCUUUAUUGUCGACGAAUGGUUUUUUUAUUUCAACGGAUUAAAUAUUUUUGUAAAGGAGAGACAAAUAAAUGAUUGUCUCAAUUUUGUUGUAUUUAUAUAUUUUCCAGAACAUAAACAAAUAUCCAGUUUGUGUCCACAAGUGUGUUCUUUUCUAAUGUAUGCCUGUACACAUUACUUAUAGAGAUAUGCUAAAACAGUGUUUGUUUGGCGAAAAUGGAUAUGCUAAAUUGCUAACA